CCGCCAUUGACUUGCAGGAACAAAGCAAUUCAUAGUCAAUAAAGAAAAAGAAAGAAAAAAAAAAACGAGGAAAGAGGGAGGAAGGGAAUGGGGGGCUGAUGAAUCACGAAUACUUCGUUAUAAGCUACCAAAGAAAGAAAAGAGAUCACCAUGUAUUCUGUUUAUCCAUCCACAUGACAGGGCCACCGGAUCUUAAUUUGGUGCUUACAGAAAUGAGCUCUCCUCUGGUCAACAAAUUGAUGGCUUGUGCUAAGGCAGUUGCAGGUGGUAAUCUCAAACUAGCAGAUGUUCUUUAUGAGGAAAUGGAAGGUCUGACUGCCGAGGAAACCAGUGAAGUGACAAAAAAAGUUGUCAGCUACUUUGCUGAAGCUCUGGCUAGGCGAGUCCAUGGAGUGUAUCCUCGAAAUCCUUUUCCGUUGCUUCCCUCCUCAAUUGUGAACACCCAACGUUCUCUUCGUUAUUUUGAAUUCAUCCCUGCCACCAUCGAUUACCUUGCCGCUGCCUAUUUCAGUGGAGAGCAACCAGUCCACUUCAUUGACUUUUCCAUCAUGCUAGGCAGCCGGGAAUAUGAUUCUUUGUUAAGAAAGUUUCUGCCCAAUAGAGUAUUCCGGUUAACUAAUAUCGGGCCGAAUCCGUGUAAAGACAACAACCAUAUCCAAGAAAGGCAACGAAAACUCACUGAACUGGCACGACAGUUGAACAUCGAUUUCCAGCUCAAACAAUUUGAAGCCAAUAUUCCUGCUGAUAUAGAAGAAUGUGUACUCAAACUGGAAAGCACAAGCGAUGAUGAGAUAGUUAUAGUGAGAUGGGAAUUUGAACUCCACAAAUUGCUUGCCGUUGAGGGAGCAAUCGAGAGAGUACUUUCAAAACUGAAGGAGCUGAAACCAAAAUUUAUGUUGAUUAAUGAGCAGGAAGCCGAUCACAACAGUCCUGAUUUCUUUGACCGUUUUGCCCUGUCUUUCCAAUACUACUCUAGAGUUUUUAAUUAUUUUAAUUGCGUUUCUGGUGAGACAGAUAGAGAAGAGAUACUGGAGAGGCACUGGAGACGACAGAUUAGCAAUGUUGUUGCAUGUAAGGGCAUUGACAGGGUUGAGCGGCACCAGACAUUUGAUCAGUGGAAAGAACGAUUGCGUGGUGCAGGGUUCCGUCCAUUUCAGAACGCAUCCAGGUUGUUCAAAACUAUUUGUAAAUUUCCUAUGUUCUACCCAAUUCAUUGUCGCCCACUGUUCUUUGCUUCAUUGUGGGAACCCAUCGAUCCAACUGAGUUUAGUAGAGGGGUUGGCAUUAGUUAUCCCAUCACAAUUGAAGAUGCAAGUGUAUCUUCAGUAAUUGAGCCAGAGGAAGUGUGCUCUUCAGAUUCUGAAGAUGACAGUGCUUACGAUAAUUCUAAAACACUUGGGAUAUUCUGGAACCAAAAGAAAUGGUCUGCAGAGGAGGUACAAGAAUAUUUGGUUUCUUCUCCUACAGAGAGGGAAUCGAGAAGAAUUAACAGAUGGAUGUCCCGUCGGCUUACAGGGAAUUCUGCCGGGAGAGAUAAGAAAUUGAGCGUUUGCGACACAUCAUUGGCAAGUUUGCUUAGAAUUCCUCCAUCUAACACCCCAAUCUGGGAGGCUAAACAAUAUUACGUUGAUGACUCAGUUAUUAAUGCAUAUUUCGAGCUGCUGAGGAAGAGAUGGAUCGAGUUUCCUAAUUUGUACAUGAAGAACUACUCGUUGCCAACUUGGAUUAUGAGCUUCUUGCUUUCUGGGAAAUGGACCGAGUCGAAAGUGCUAUCUUACUUAAACAUUGAAGAGAUAGCAGGCACAUCAAAGUUGUUCAUUCCAGUGUGCUUGGAAAAUCAUUGGAUCCUCAUCUGUGUCGACAUAGAGAGUAGGGCAUUGCUAUGGUUAGAUUCAUUAAAUUCUCAUCAUGAUAAAAAGGGUGUAAUUUCAAGGUGGAUUAUAGAGCACCUAAUGCCAAAGUUGGGUUAUGAUAAUGCACAAGAAUGGCAAUUUCUGGAGCCCGUGGAUCUUCCUCGCCAAACAAACGGAGUAGAUUGUGGUAUAUUUGUGAUGAAGUAUGCUGAUUGUCUUGCACUUGGAGAUCAUUUUCCUUUCACCCCACUAGACAUUCCUCUCUUUCGACAUCACAUCUUCCUUGAUAUAUAUCGUGGGAAAAUACGUCCUCAAAUCUACUCAAAGAAUUUCAGAGCCUAAUAUUAUGCAUAGAAAACAAGUCCUUUCAGGUUUCCAAAAAAACUCAUUCCUAAAUUUAGCUGGAGUUGUUGGCCGGAAAACUGGUUACGAGUGUUUAGUUAAAAGGCAGUGCUCAGUAACAUGGAUUUAUAGUAGUGCUCCAUGAUUUGUCAAGUAUGGCUGCUGAUGAAAACUUGACUUCCUUACCGUGUUGUGCCUGAGAAAAUAUAGUAUGAGAAAUGAUUAUUGUCUUUUGUGUACUGAGACUGUGACAUAGAGGAUUAGUUUUGUAAUUAGUGGAUACUGAGGAUCGAAAAGAAAUGGUCUGCAGAGGUAAUAUUCUA